UUUAGCCUAUUUAUUUAUUCCCGCAUCGAUAAUAAUGGACUGAAAGUCGCGGAUAAACAAUAACUACCUGCCGUGAUUUCGUGUUUGUAUAAAUGAUAGAGGAUACGAUGACACUGUUGUCUCUUUUGGGUCGGAUCAUGCGUUAUUUUCUGCUCAGACCAGAGACCUUGUUCCUCCUAUGCAUAAGCCUGGCUCUGUGGAGUUACUUCUUCCACACUGACGAGGUGAAAACCAUCGUCAAGUCCAGCCGGGAUGCUGUCAAAAUGGUCAAGGGGAAAGUGGCGGAGAUUAUGCAGAAUGAAAAAUUCGGGGGUCUAGAUGUUCUGGACGCAGAGUUCUCCAAAACCUGGGAGUUCAAGAGUAACAAUGUGGCGGUGUACUCCAUCCAAGGCCGGAGAGAUCACAUGGAAGACCGUUUCGAGGUCCUGACUGACAUCGUGAACAGGAGUCACCCGUCUAUAUUUGGGAUUUUCGAUGGCCAUGGGGGAGAGGCGGCGGCUGACUUUGCCAAGGCCCAUCUGUCGGAGGCGUUGCGUCAGCAGCUCCUGAGCUACGACCGGGAGAAGGAGAAGGAGAAGAAUGAGAGCAGCAGUGGUGGUCUGUCCUAUUCCUCCAUUCUGGAGCAGCAGAUCCUGGCUCUGGACAGGGACAUGCUGGACAAGCUGUCAGCCGUCUACAACGAAGCAGGUACCACAUGUCUGGUGGCCCUGCUGUCUGAUAAAGAGUUGACGGUGGCGAAUGUUGGCGACUCGCGCGGAGUCCUCUGUGACAAAGAUGGCAAUGCCAUCGCCCUGUCACAUGAUCACAAGCCCUACCAGCUCAAAGAACGCAAGAGGAUCAAGAAGGCUGGUGGCUUCAUCAGUUUCAAUGGUUCAUGGCGUGUUCAGGGCGUCCUGGCAAUGUCUCGUUCGCUGGGCGACUACCCUCUGAAGAACCUGAAUGUUGUCAUCCCCAACCCCGACAUCAUGACCUUUGACCUAGAUAAGCUGCAGCCAGAGUUUAUGAUCCUGGCGUCGGACGGGCUGUGGGACGCGUUCAGCAACGAGGAGGCCGUACGCUUCAUCAAAGAGCGCCUCGACGAACCCCACUUUGGCGCCAAGAGCAUCGUCCUGCAGUCUUUCUACCGCGGGUGCCCGGACAACAUAACCGUCAUGGUGGUCAAGUUCAAAGGUGCCGGUGGCAAGGCCGCAGAGCAGUAGACCUACUGAUACAUCCAAAGGAGAGAUCUAUAUUAUAUAUGAAUAUAUAUGUAUGUGUGUGCAUAGGUUUAAAAGAAAAGAGAAAACAAGCCGGCAGUUUUUGGAGUGAGAACUGUUUGUAUUGAAGAUAUUUACAGAAAUGAGCCAUUCGCCACCAUGAUGCAAACACUAAAAUGUACACAUACAAAUUCACUCACACUCUCGAACAGUCACUUGUUUCGUUUUUUUCUUCAAUCCACAUAAC